ACGUACCACUUGCAGCACGAUCUCGUUACGAUGAAAGAUAACAAUGAGCUCGUCAUAAACUACGGCGUGACAAAUAAGUCGGAGAUAAGAUUCGUGAAACGUUUACACAAAGAUGACCGCUACAACUAGCCUUAUCUCGGGAUGUUUCUUUUAGUUAGCUUAAUUUGCUGUGUGACUGUGAUUAUUGUUAUUGAUGGUGCUAGUUGUUACCCGUGGUACGAGCAGAUCUCCCGACAGGAGGUCCUAACGGCGGCGUGCUACAACCUCGAUCUACGUAGUUACGAGUUCAAUUCGAAUCAGUUGCAUCACAUUCUGGUGGACCACAAGCACAAAUUGUUAUACUGCUACGUACCAAAGGUCGCUUGUACCAAUUGGAAACGUGUUCUAAUGGUACUAACCGAGCGCGCGAACGCGACAAACUUAAUGGACAUUCCGGCGAGUCUCGCGCACGCGAACUCCUCACUUAUUCGAUUAUCCGAGUACACUACCAAAGAGGCCCAAUAUUACUUAAACCACUACCUCAGCUUCGUCAUCGUCCGUCAGCCGUUCGAAAGGGUGCUAUCUGCCUACCGAAACAAGCUGGAGGACACGCUUCCGAGCGCGAAAUAUUUCCAGGCGAGAGUCGGAAGGUACAUCGUAAAAAAUUACCGCGCGAACGCGACGCGACGCGAUUUGGAGAACGGCGACAACGUGACCUUUCGCGAGUUCGCCCAGUACUUAAUUAGGGAGGGCAUACGCAACGACGUCGCGAACGAGCACUGGAAGCCGAUCUACGAGCUGUGCCACCCCUGCGUCAUUAACUACACGUUCAUUGGCAAAUACGAGCAGCUCGACGAAGACUCCGACGUGAUAUUGAAGAUGAUCAACGCACCCUCCGUUCUAUUUCCGCGGUCGAAGUCCGGACAGACCUCGGAACGAUUGAAGCAAUAUCUGCGGCAGCUGUCCUUAAAGGAUAUCGAGCAGUUGUACAGGAUGUACGAGUUCGAUUUUAAAUUGUUCGGGUAUAAUUUAGAAAGUAUUUUAGGGUUUGAUAUUGGUUAAUUUUUUUUAUUAAAGUAUAUUUCAUAUUAACCUG